AUGCCAGACAAGAUGGAGGGAGACAAGAAGGUAGACCCGACGUGGACCGAAGAGCCACCACAAAAAGAAGACCCAGAACCACCCACAAAGCAAAAGGAAGAAGAAGAACCGCCCAAGCAGAAGAAACAAAACGAUGUCCUGGUCAUUUCAACUCGCAUUCCUCGUUGGUCAGGAACCAUCUUUAUUUUAUUCUCGCGAGCUGCCUGUAUCACAUAUGUCAUUUUGGCCGGUUUUACAUUUCCCGAAAUUCAAAAACUCCACAAGACGCAAUUCACCAUUAUCGGGGAAACCUACCACGUCCCCAUUGCCAUUUGCGAACCGGGGGCGCUCAGCAUUGGCGACACGACCAUCUUUCAAGAUGUCGCCGAAAUUGCCGGUUGUCGGACCAUGGAUGUGUUGAUCAAUUCGUGUGCUUCCUCCUUGAUUCUGAGUGCUGUCGCUGUUCUGAUUUAUGUCGUCAUUGAUUUAUUAUCGAGAUGUCAUCAUGGAAUGGAUCGAGGAUCCGUAUCGGGUAUGGGUAUUUUCUUGCUCUUUAUUGUCUUUCAAGCAUCUUCCACCACAUGGGCAUUGGCGGAAGAAUCCGACUUUUGGUCCGAUUACAUGUCCCGCUUUUGGAAGGAACAGGGAUUUCAAGAGGAUUAUCCCAUUGUCACACGAGUACACACAUAUGGCAAUGAAAUGCUUCUGUGGUCCACGGGAAGUGUCGGGGCUGCGGCGUGUAUCUUGAUCUUUUUUGAAUCCAUGGCCAAUUUGUGUUGUAGUGUCAGUGAACCAGACCCAGACGACGGAGACGAAGAUGAAGCAGGAAAAGUAGAACCACCCAACGUGGAAGAAGAACCCAACAAGGUGGCCGACGAUCCAAAGUUUCCAGAUAUUGACAUUGAAACGGGAAAGAAGCAGGAAACCCCAACGGUUGUUCCCACUGUCAUCAUUAGCAGCAAUGCCGAACCAGAGAUUGAUGUGCCGUCGACGGCGGAUUAUGUAGAGGUGGAACACACGUCCAAAGAGGAACCAGACAAGAAUGAUGAUAAAUCGAAGGAUGAUGCCGCAACACCACAAGACGACAACCCUGCAGACAAGGUUGAGAAGACUGCUUCUACCAAGAGUGAAAGCAGCAAGAAAGAGGACAAGCCUGUAGAGGAAAGAACUUUGGUGAAAGAGGUAGAACCUACCGCGGAUGCAAAGGACACGGCUGUUCCAGAAGAAGAGAAGGAAGCCACACCAGAACCAAAAGCUCCUGUCAGAAACACGGAACAUGGUUGA